AGCAGAGGAGUGAGAGGAACGAGUCCUGCGGAAACUACACAGACUUUUAAUACCAGCCCAGACAAAGCGGGUGUGUGUCUCUCACUCCUGUCUGGACGGGGACGACCGUUCAUUUCAGAGUAACGUCAAAAAAGGCGAAGCGGCGACGAUGCUGACUUCUGCCUCUCAGUGUCGGUCUGCAGCAGCUUCCUUGCAGCAGGGAGAGAAGAAGAUCCGUGUUUACGACCUCCGCUUAGAAACGGAGGCGAAAACCUGCAAGCUGUUUAAAAUAGCUGGUCGGGACUUCAACGACUUUCUCCAAGCUCUGCACAAGGUAUUUGGAAUCCCUUCAUCUGAGACAUUUGUGGUGGCAACGACUGACAGAAUUGUUCUAGAUUUUGACAGAUUUAAGGAACUCCAGGAUGACACAACCCUUUACUUGUUGCAACAUGAGCACCAGGUUCUGCCUACGGCAACGGUGGAAAACAUAUCGUUUAUGCCUCACUAUGAUACGCUGAUAAAGGGUGGGACUUAUGAGUACUAUGCUAGUGAAAACAAGGAGUCAUUAGCCUAUCCACUUGCCGAGCUCAUCGACAACUCUCUUUCAGCCACAGCUAAAAACACAGGAACGAGGAUAAUAGAGAUAAGGAUGCAGUUUGAUGAAAGUCUUGGGAAACCUGCCGUCAUUGUCCUGGACAAUGGACGUGGCAUGACUACAAAGCAGCUCAAUAAAUGGGCAGUUUACAGACACUCCAAAUUUACAAAAGAAACCGGCAGUUUUGCAAGAAGAGAAGAAGACUACGUCCGCCCUGAUCCUGUACCUCGAAGUCUUAAUAGUGAUAUCUCGUACUUUGGAGUUGGAGGAAAACAGGCUGUUUUCCACUUUGGAAAUGUAGUCAGAAUGAUUAGCAAGCCAGUGGGGUUACCAGAUGUUCAUGAGUUGGUUCUAUCAGAAGAAGAAUUUGAAAGAAAGGAAAAGAACAAAGAGGAUAUUUAUAGCACCACCAUCCUAAACAGGAAGCCUGGCGACUUUUCACACGUGAGUGAAGAUGAGCGCUUCCUUCGUACCAUCAUCGAUGAGGAACGUGGCAAGGAAAGCUUCACGGCCGUAGUUAUUACAGGACUGAAGGAAAAGCAUAUCUCCUUCCUGAAAGAGAAUUUUGAUGCAUGGACCAGACAUCUAGCGCACAUAUAUCACUAUUACAUUCAUGGAAUCAAUGGAAAUGACCUGAGACAAGGUUCUAAAAAGACAGCUCAACAACCUACGAUUGACAUUCAGAUCACUUUACGCGAAAAACCAAACAAAUGUCCCCGUGUGCUGAACCUGAGGGAAGUUGACGAUGACAUGCAAACUUUGUACAUUAACUCUGCUGCGGACACCUUUGAGUUCAAGGCAUCCGCUGGACCGGGUGGUGGCACAGUGGAGGGAGUGCUGCGUUAUCAUCCAUUCCUCUAUGACAAGGAGACUUAUCCUAAAUAUCCUGAAGAUCCUAAAGAUCCCAAAGAUACAUGUAAUGCAAACGCAGCGUCUUCUGAAAAUGACAAUUUAGAAAAUGAGCCUGGAGUCGUGACUCAGGAAGAAAGGAAGAUCUUCGAGUGUUUCUGGAAUGGACGGCUCAUACCUGGCACCAAAGUGGCUGAGUUUGACUGGUGUUCUCGUAAACAUAACAGCAGAACAGCAUCAGGUAUACCCCCGGAGUGUUACCGUCGGCUUUCAGGAGUGCUUUUCACUGAUGACAAUUUCCAGGUCACCACAAACAAGAUGACCUUCAUGGACCUUGAGCUGAAACUGAAGAACAAUCAAACUAUCUUCUCACUGGUUCAGAACGGACAGAAAUCGUUUAGAGGUAACAUCCAGAAGGAGUUCACACAAUGGCUUCGAACCUGUAAUGAAAACUUUGACAAGCAAAUCAAGUUUGUGGGCUUCAAGGAGAUUAAAACACGGACAGAUGUGCCUACUAAGAAAAUGCAGCAUCCGUGGGCAGUCUUCUCCGCCAUCGAGUGGGGAGGCAAGACAUACAAAACAGGCCAACUUGUGAAGACGCACAAUACAAAUCCCAUUCUGUACGGUAAAGUGGUUCAGUUUUUGCUGUAUGGAAAUUUCGAUGGUGACGUCUAUGCCACGGGAGGACAGGUGGAAGUGUCUCGAGAGCCCAAAGCACUUUGGGACAUGAACAAGAUCGUACCCAUUUCCAAGAUCGACAAGACAGCCACUGAUGAAGCCAUCAAGAAAAAUAUUGAUAGUGACUCUGAGAAGCUUCCAGAUAAGCUGAAUGUGGAAUGGCCCAAUGGUAACCCCUUGCAAAAUAAUGCCAUUCUUUCCGCCGGGACUACUUUAGGGCCUCUUAAAAUUGAGAUCCUGAACAAGAGGGGAGAGAAAUUAUCUCGGAUGCCCCCGGUGGGCCAGGGAAAAGGGACAAAACUGUGUGUUAAGCUCACGUUACUCCAUCAUGGUCUAAAAUCAGACAAAGAGCUUGCUGCUUAUGUUGCCCCACAUUUAGCAAAUACUGGUUUCUGGUUCAAAAAAAUGGAUCAUCUGACUGAGCUGGGAAAGUACACGCUGAAUUUGACCACAGUGGUCCAUGAAACAAACGCUGUCAGCUUUGGCGGUAGAGCGCUUCCAAGGUUCACACUGAAGUUUACCAUUAAAGAGGGCGAAGCAGCAAGCUUCGAUAUCAGUGCAAUGAGCCCCACGCUGCGAGUGGGCGUGCCGUUUGACAUUCCUCUGCAGAUAAAAGAUGGUUAUGGCCACUCAACGACCCUCACUUCUAAACUCAAACCUGAGCUCAAAUGCUGUGGUCUGGAUCUGAGUUAUGAGACAUUCUCCAGCAGUGGAACCACAUUCACCAUCAAAAGUGUCAAAGCGAGAGGAAAAGUCCUGAAUUACCAGCAAUCCAAGAGCUAUGACCUGGAAGUGACCCUGCCUGGCCUGAAACAACACACCAAGACCAUUAAGAUCAGUCUUCUUCCUGGUAUCCCACAUUCCCUCCACGUGAAACCAGAGGAAACGUCAAUCGAUGUGGAGAACGGAGACCAGGUCACGUUUCAUGUUGAAAUUCACGAUGAGGCUGGAAAUAUCGCCGCUAACCCCAAACAGAUCGUCCGCUGCGAGGUUAAAGGUUUCCCCCCCGUGGUCACUGAUUGCAGCAGCACCGGUGCUGGCCAGCUUGUGACAAAGCCCAUUAACCUGAAAAUAAUCAAAGGAGAGCAACAAGACCUCAAAGCUCAAUUUGUGAUGCCUAGUUACAAAAACAUACCGCUGGUCAUAAAGGGGCUGAGGGUGCUGCCCAGCACACGGGUCUCUGUGAUGGAGCUGUACAGUCAGGACAAUGAGAAUCUGGUGCUGAGGAACAGUGAAAAGAUCGAAUGGAUAGCCGGCGGACUGCUGGAGAACUUAUUCUACAAGCUGUAUGAUGAAGCUGACAGGGAGGUACCGCUCACUGCUGAAAUAGCCUCCAUGAUCAAGGUUAACUGGACAGGAGAUGUCUUUGUGGAAGAUCUGGUCCAGGGGAAGCUGCCUGAUUUACAGGUACCUAAACGGGUGGGAGAGCAGCGCUUCUACCAGGUCUCCUAUCAGGACCAGAGUGUGUCCGUCUCCUUCACUAUCGUGCCUCGUCCAGAUGAACCAGAGCGUCUAAAUGUAGCUUUACCCCAAACCACAGUGAAGCUUGGUGAGAUCCUCUCCGGAAACAUCAGCUUGGAGCUUGUGGACCAGUUUGACAAUUUAACCAAGACGCUUACCCCCACCUGUGUGAACCACAUAAAAGUGGAAGCUGAGGGGCUGGACAAAUCAGCCAUCACAUUUAAAUGGCAGGAGAGCAGCUGUGCUGCCAUGGUGACGGGAAUUCGUUUCGAGUCAGGGUCUCUCGGCCCCCGAGAACUGCGCUUCAGCUACUCUGACUUUGUGGAGCGUGUCAGUAUUAAAGUGACCGCAGGACUCCCUGCUCAGCUUAAACUCAUCAGUGCACCGGAGCAGCCUUUGCAGGUAUUAAAUGAUCACGGCAUCUCCAAACCAUUUGUCGUCCAGCUGUGUGAUGAUUGGGGAAACCCCUCUCCAGACCAGAGGGUUGUAGUGGACUUAAAGACUUCACCUCCAGGACUGACGGUGAAAACCAAUGUUAUUUCACAACCUGUGAACGCAGAAGGGAAAGCCUCUUUCGUUGUUAAUGGUUUGAGCGGGCCGAAGGGGUGCUAUCAGCUGCAGUUUAAGGGCUCCUUCAACAAAAAACCCAUCCCUGGUCCAUCAGUGAGCCUCACUGUCCUCCCUGAUCCCAAAAAACCAGUCAGCCUGUCGGUGGAGUAUGACACCAGUGUCAAGUUUUUUGCUGGAAGCAAAUUCCCAGUUUUCUCAGUGACUGUGGUGUCUGAUGAGGGAAGUCCAAUAACUACUUUUAAUCCAGCUGCUGUGGCCAUGUUCAUAUGGGAUGGGGUAUCUUCAGGGAAAAAACCUCCAGAAAGAGCCAUUGAGCUGAAGUGUAAUAAACCCAUGAAAAAUGAAAAGAAUGACUGUUUUCACUUCAGAGACAAAGAAAUCCCAAACAAAGUUGGAAAGCACACCAUACAGUUUUCUCUUCGUAUUGACAAAAAUGACGUUCUCUACAGCAAUCAGAUUCGUAUAAAUGUGGUGGCCAAUCAGCCUGUUAAACUGGGACCUGUCUCUCAGACUCCAACCCCAGUUGUUUCCUACAGCAAGGACAUUGCCAGCCGAACCUUGGUUGAGAAUAUGACACUGAAGAUAAUGGAUUUGUAUGGCAACCCAGCGGGGGAGGACCUGGGAGGGAAGGUGAUCAUCACUAUAAAGUCCUCAGAUGGAGAGAGAAACAAAAGCUUCCCUCUUUUUGAAACAGGAGCCAGCAGCCUUGCAAUUAACUUAGUUGAGGGCAAGGCCCACAUCCCUAGGCUGGCUAUCAGGGAGAAUAGCCCCGGUGACAAUAGCAGCACCUACAUCCUUGUUUUCAAACCUGAAGUGUAUGCCCAUCUCAUAACCCUGGCUGCUUUUGAGCUCCCCUUCCUUUUUUACAAUGAUGCACAGAACCAGCAAAAAAUGUCUGAACUGACCAGGAAAAAAGAUGAGCUCAGCAGUGCUAUUGAGAAAUAUAACGAAACAUUGCGUACAUACAAGGAGCUCCUUGGGUUGCUGACGACUUCUUGCCUGAAUGCCAGUAAGAAAGAGGCUGAUCUUAAAAACGAGCUGUGCCGGAGGAAAGUGACAAUCCCUCACCCCAUAUCUGCACAACAUAUUGAUGCACUAAUAAAAAAGAAGAGUACUGAAGCGGAAGAGAUUCAGAAAGUGUCCCGACGAGUUUUCCCCGUCCGUGACAACUUUAGGGGGCAGGCAGAAGUUUUGGGAAUGGUUGGCCACCUGGCCGUCGUGCAGGAUGAUGCCGCCGCGUGGGUCAUCUCCUGGCACAUCAGAGGUGAUAUGGACUGUGUCAUCACCAAAACAACAGAAGCAGCGCAGCGGAUCUAUCGUGACACGCAGGGCAGGCAGCAGGUCAUGGCCCUCGACAGCGUCCUUGUGUCACCAGGAAACAGACCGCUGCCACACAUACGAAAUGGCUACCCGCUCUUUGAACCCCAUGGGAACCCGGUGUACGCCAGAGAGCUGCUGAUAUACCCCUGUGAUCCGGAGAGCUGUGACAUCGUGUUUAAGAACAUCCUGGGAGAUACUAUUCUGAUAGAUGACCUGGACUCUGCAAAUAACUACAGAAGGGCGGUGGUGCAGAACAGGAUCCAAUGUCCCACCAUACUGACCAGGCAGGGGGACAGGGUCAGUGGCAGGGGAAAGUUUGGAGGUGCACAGAACAGGGCCCCACCGAUGGCCACAUUACACAUGUUUGGUGCCCCCCUCCCACAGCAGUACCACAGUCUAAUGGAACAAAUAGAGCUGCUCCGCCAGUACUGCUCAGCUGUAUCGAAGAGGGAGGAAAUAGAAAGGGAGCGAGAUGAUCACGUCAAAAAAAUUGCGUCUCCUGAUGUGCAGCAAAAGGAAAAAGACUUGGAAGACAAAAAGAGGCAGCUAAGAGAGAUUGAAAAGGAACUCGCAUCAGCAUCAGCAAAAGGAAUGAAACGAGGCGCUGUGGAUGGUGGUCAGCCCUCCAGCAGCAUUUCAAAAAGAGCAAGACAGAGUUCCACAUAAGAGAUUCUGAUUGGACCAAUUGAUUGUUUUACUAUCAGUCGUUUUUGUACUUUUAUUUCUUUGUUAACUUUGAGUUGAUACAAUGUAUUUUAUUUUUUAGAUGCCUUUUGUACAUUUUAACACUUUUGUAAUGGUAAAAACUGCCUAUGAUCUUUGCAGAGCAUGCUGAAUCUGCUGAAUGUAUGCAUUAAAAAAUUCUUAAGAUCGCA